AUGUCGGGCGCCGCCGCGGAGACGAUGCCCCAGGACUCGAUCAUCAUCGUGGGCGCCGGCGUCUUUGGUGCCUCAACCGCCCUUCACCUUUCCCGUCGGUAUCCCUCAUACAGUAUAGCCGUGUUCGAUUGUUCGCCGUUUCCAUCGCCCAGAGCUGCGUCGACGGAUAUCAACAAGAUCGUGCGCGCAGCGUAUUCAGACCUCGACUACUGCCGUCUGGCGGCGAGGAGUCACGACAUCUGGCGGAAUGAUCGACUUUUGAGCAAGUUCUACCAUGAGGCUGGGAUGCUGUCGAUCCGACCCUACAAGGGCGGAGCAGCAGCCAUGUUGGAAAACUUCAAGCGCUUGGGCAUCAACAAAGACGCCAAGAUCGUGACACCAGAUCAAGUCCAGACCAUGUUCAACGGCGUCUUCAAGCACGCCGACUUCAACAAGGUCGAAGAGUUCCUGUGGGAGCCUAACGCCGGCUGGGCAGAAGCAGCUAACGCCCUUGAGGCCACCGUGCAAGCGGCGGUUGACAACGGCGUAUCAUACGUGUCCAAGGCCGUCUCUAAACUGCUGAUUGCUGAUCAAGGUUGUCAAGGUGUCGAGCUCACUGACGGCUCGAAACACUAUGCGAAUAAGGUUUUGCUGUGUGCCGGUGCCGCCACUGCUCGAAUCCUCGCCGAGAGCGCGCCUCAAGACCCUGGUCUGCACGCCGGGCCGCGCUUCGUGGCAGGCGCCAUCAUAGAGGCAAAGGUGAAACUGACCUCAGAGCAGUUGGAAAAAUACAAAGCUACGCCCGCUGUAUUGUGGGAUGCGGACCCUGCUCGAGGGGAGACCAUGCCUCCGACACCAGAUGGCUAUCUGAAGUUCAUUCGGGACAUCCCACUUGCCAAUAAGCUGUUUCAUCCUGCCUCGCAGACAUACAUCUCCGUCGCACCCGAGAGUGCUGAGGGUGCCGAGUGGACUGCACCGGAGAAUCUCCCCAAGGUCCUGAGGGACGAGAUGACGACGGUGAUUGCGGGGAUUUUCGGUCCUGAGGCAGCACGAGAAUUGGUCCCCCAGCACUUGCGACUCUGCUGGGAACCCUUGGCUCCGGACGAAGGCUGGUUUGUUACGCCCCAUCCACGAUGUGUGAAUUUAUACAUAGCAACAGCUGGGUCGGGCCACGCCUGGAAAUUCCUACCAGUUUUGGGCGAGUUCACUGUGCGCAUGAUGCUGGAUCCAAAGGGGUGGGAAGACGACGAGUUUGCCAAGUCAUGGGCAUGGGAUAGGGAGCUUGUGGACAGCCCAGAUGAGGAUGUGAUACCACGAAGACAGCUUGCCGACAUGCGAUAG